AUGGAUUGCCCUCCAGUGAAUUUUCAGGGUAUUGAACUACAGUCGCACGAAAAGGGAGACAGUGGAAAACAUUCAUUUUGUGCUCGUCGAACUUCAGCUAAUUUAGAGGAACAUGAAAUACUGACUUCUUCUGGUCUUUACCAACGGGUAUAUGUUCAGCCUAACAAAAACAAAACUGCAAUUAUCACUUACCAUGAUAUUGGAACUAAUCAUACAUCAUUUCUUAGUUUAUUCAACAAUCCUGAGAUGCGUGUAAUCACUGAACACUUCACAGUUUAUCAUAUCUGUGCACCUGGUCAUCACGAGAAUGCCGCAAAUAUUAAUUUUGGUGAUCCAGCGAAUCCAGGUCAAGAUCAAGUAUUGUUAUCACAACCGGAUUUACAGAAACAACGUCAAUCAGUCUCUUCUAUAUCUGGCAGUAGAGGCAGUAUCUUCGAGGCAGUACGUAGAAGAUCAUCACUACUAUUGAAUCGGUUUGUAAAGUUCAUAACUCCUGGAAAAGAAAGUUCUCGUUAUCCGGAUAUGGAUCAGUUGGCCGAUAUGAUCACAUCGAUACUUGUUCAUUUCGGGAUAAAUUAUUUCUUAGGCUUUGGAAUGGGUGCAGGCUCAAAUGUACUCGCUCGAUACGCUCUUCGUUAUCCAGAUCAAGUCUUGGGUUUAUUUCUUAUAAAUCCGAAUGCAACCACUCAUGGCUAUUAUCAAUGGUUCCGUAAUGUUUGGUCUGACCUACCAGCACUUGAACGCGGUGUACUUACUGAUAGUUUAAUGAGUCAAUUAGAGGCACAUUGGUUUGGUUAUGGUUUAGUUGAAAACAUUGAUAUUGCUAAUUUCUAUGAAUCGUUAGCACGUAGUCUAAAUCCAACCAAUUUAGCUGGUUAUAUCCGAUCAUAUGUGGAUAGGACACCGAUUCACCUAGUUCGACCAAUUGGUCCACCAAUGCCAUCUGAUAAUGAAACAAGCACUAAUGAAGAACCAUCAGUUAUACAAACUGAAGUAUGCUUGGUUACUGGUGAUCGUGCUGUUGAAUUAUCACGUGCAUUAGCUGAAAUGAAUGGACGUAUGGAUCCAAAACGUACACAAUUUUUAAUGAUGCCCGAUUGUACAGGAAUGGUUAUGGAAGAGAAUCCUGAUAAAUUAGUCAUGAAUUUUCUACAUUUUCUGCGUAGUAUUGGACUUGUUGUCAGUCUUACACCGGAUAAAUUACGUCAACAAGCCUCAGAAAUACAACAAUCUUUAUUGGAAGAGUUGCCUGAAAUGUGUUUACCUGCUCAAUUAGUUAUGGAACCAGAGGUUUGAUUCAUUGAUUGUUUACCUGCGUCUGUAUGUGUGCGUGUGUGUGUGGUGGUGCAAUAACAAUAACGACAACAAUAAUCACAUCGUAAUACAUAUAUUCUAAUACAUACUGAUUAACAAUAAUAUUACAUUCGAAUAUUGAUUUCUGUGUCAUUCACCUUUCACUUUCAUUUAUUCUCGGUGUGUGUGUGUGUGUGUUUGCCUAUGUAUGCUAUUUCUACUGUCACUGAUGUGAAUCUCACUUCUAGGUAAGUAAUGUCAAUUAACACUUAUAGUGUGGAACUUAUUUUGUAAACUGUUCAACUCACUUCCCAUCUCUCUCUCUCUGUUUCUCACUCGCUCGCUCGCUCUCCCUAUCUAUCUAUCUCGCUAAACCACACCCACCUUUGCACUCACACACAUAUACACAUUCUCUUCGUGUGGUAAUCACUAAUAAUAAUGAAUAAGUUGUUCCAGUUGAUUGAUUUACUAACGAAAUACUUUAUUUUCAUUUCAAACCUAUUUUUAGUUGAUUAUUUAAUUUUCUAUAAUAUUAUUGGAUUAGUAUUAUAAUUAGUAGUAGUAAUAACAAUAAUAAUAUUGUACUCAUUGUUUUCCCACUUCUCGACAUCCUCCUCCUCACUAUCAUCAGUAUCA